CGGUGUCGUGUGACUGUGAUUACAACCUGGGCCCAGGAGGGGGAGAUAGGCCAAAACACGCCAAUCUGGAACGGAAAGCAAACCGUCGCGAGGUCAUGCAGCAAGGGACAGCUCUGACCCCUGGCCACGGGGAUAGCCCAGCGCCACCAGAAGUCGCGGACCCACGGCGUCCUUUCGCUCGAGCGCGUUAGCCCCCGAAGCCUCGCGACGCCUGGGCCGCCUUGGGAAGACGAGCGCAUGCGCGGGCUCGGGCGCGCUCGGCGGGUCCCCGCGUUGCCCUGGAAACCACCCGGCGCUGCCGCGACGGGCACCGGGAAAGACGUAACGUUUCAAGAUGGCGAAGGAUCUGGACGAGCUCUUGGAUGAAGUCGAGUCCAAAUUUUGCCGACCAGACCCACCGAGACUGGGCAUGGUUGAGCGGCCCAGAGGCUGCGGCGGCGGCAUUCUCAGCAAUGACCGGAACCGAGCCGAGGCGAAAGAGACUCUCAGAUCAGCAGAAACAUUUGAGAAAGAAGAUGAUCUUGACAGUCUUAUUAAUGAAAUAUUUGAAGAACCCAACUUUGACAAAAAACCCUUUAAAUUAAAAUCUAAAUCUUCAGGUAACACAUCUGUCAGAGCGUCCAUUCAAGGCCUUGGUAAAAGUUGCAGCCCAGUGUACCUUGGUGGAACCGCUGCUCCAUGUGGAAUUGGAACAAAUACUUCACAGAGAGCAUGUGAUCAUCUGCGUUGUAUAGCGUGUGAUUUCUGGGUUGUAAGCUACGAUGACUACAUGUGGGACAAAUCAUGCGAUUAUCUGUUUUUCAGAAACAACAUGCCAGAAUUCCACAAAUUAAAAACAAAGUUGGUAAAGAAGAAAGGAACACGAGCAUAUGCCUGCCAGUGUAGCUGGAGAAGUAUUGAAGAUCUGACUGACCUUCAGACCGAUCAACAGCUUCGUUGGGUUUGUGGUAAACAUUAAGAAUGCAGACUUUUCAUAUUCGGACUAAUGCCUGCAAUGAGAGCAAUCUCCAGUAAUCGUCAACAUUUUUAGCGAAGAUACAAAGCAGUAUCAUGCCCUUUGGAAAAAGACAAGAAAUUUCAUUCAAUGACUAUAUAGUAUAGAUUUUCAAAGACCUAAUGGACUUGAGAAGAUAAUGUGCUUUAACAUUUUGGAACUAUUUCUUUUUGCUGCAUUUCACUUAGGAAGGUAGCAAGUUAUCCAAAUUCUUUGCUAGCCACUCUCCUGUUAAAUGGAAGUUUAAUUAUGGAGUUUCAUACAAAUAUAUAGGCAUUCAUUAGCAACUGCAAAAUUAGUCACUGCUAAUACACAUAGCUAAAUAUUCCUCACUUAUAGCAUUUAAAGAGGAUAAAACUAGCCAGUGCAGAGAGGUCCCUGAGAGUUGGUGGGGAGGAGGUGUAGGCAUCAUCUCCUUUGGUCAGAUUUGUUGUUGCCAAAGAUCAGAAUUUAGAUGUGGCAGAAACCAUGUGAUCAGUGGCUAACUGAAGGAUUUGGGGGGAGCACAGGUUCAUUGUAAAUGAAAAGACUGCCUCUGUUGACCUUACCUCAGUAAUUCCAAAUGAUAUUACACACAGUAAUGAUAAGUAUAUAUUCUUAUUUUAGCUUAUUUCUUCUCCUUUUGUUCAUUUAGAUAAUCAAAGGGUAGUUUGCUAUUUUAGUAAAUAUUUAUAUAUAAAAAUUUUUUGAUGUACCUAUAAUCACAAGGAAAAAUCCUAAUACAGAUAAAUCAUUAUUGGAUUUUUUCCAAGUACUUCUCUAGCCUCCAGUGCCUAAAAUCCCAUCAAGUGAACAGCAACUGAGAUAUUUGCUCAGGCAGCCUGUUGAUUUUCUGGUGGGAUCAGGCUGACAUAUUGUUUGUCAGAUGAGAGCUUGAAAGAAGAAAUAAAUCAUAGUGGAACCAACAGGUAAUCUGUUGUGCUUCUCCUUGACAUCUCUGAGACUGGAGGAACCCUAUAAUAGCAGCACAUUCAGGAAAUCAGUUACCUCAAAAUUACCAGUUCCCAGCACCGUGAAGAAACUCUGGGGGCUUUCCAAUCUGCCAUAAGCACUUUAUUGCCUGUGUCUAAGACACAGUUCAAAUGUACGACACAAGGCAUGCUGAAAGGGAGUAACUGAAGCAGAGUUGUGAUUGCUUAGUCUUAUGAUGAAUCCAUUCCAGUCACCUUACUCAAGUAAGAAGAAAGAUCGGCCAUUAAAAUCCUUUUCCUAGCCGUGACACAUGUGCUAGUAAGUCUAGCAUUGCAGCAAAACCCAUAGUGAACUCAACAGCGGCAGAUGCUUACAUUUUUAUAUUGACAAUGUUUACAGAUUUUAUCUUUGAAUAAACAUUUUUUAUUCCCUAAAAUCUUAUCUCUGUGUAAUUGUAUGAGAAACAAGGGGAUUUGAUUGAGAUAUCAUUAGUCACAACAAUGAUGUUUUCUUUUUAUUCAAAUGAGCAAAUGUACUAAAUCAUUAAUUUGAAAAUAUUUUUUUCUCUUUUAUUAUUUCAUUACUGUCCUGUAUCUUGGAUACAUUGCUCAUGUUUGGCAUUCUGUAACAUAAUUCCCCAAUGUCGGAAAUGUACAUAUGAGUUCAUGUUUUUGUUGGCAAUUUACUUUAUAAGCUUUUUAAUAUUGCACAAUUUUUAAUCCAAAAUGUAGAAAGAAUAUUAUGUUGAAAUACCAGUGGAGGGCGCCAGGGUGGCUCAGUUGGUUGGGCAACUGCCUUCCGCUCGGGUCAUGAUCCCAGGGUCCUGGGAUCAAAUCCCAUGUUGGGCUCCCUGCUCAGUGGGGAGCCUGCUUCUCCCUUUACCUCUGCCUGGCUGUCUGCCUACUUGUGUACUCUCUCUCUCUCUGUCAAAUAAAUAAAUAAAAUAUUUUUUUAAAAUAAUAAAAAUACCAAUGGAUAAAUUAUAACAUUGAAAUUUAAGCAAAAACACAACCAUUUUAAUAACAAUACAGAAGAAAAACAUAGCUUCUGAUGAACUAUAAUUUUAAAAUGCAGUCUAUAAAACUUCCUAGAUGUUUUGCCUAUUUGUUUUUAAUGUUUAUAAUAAUUUUCUACAUUAGCAAUCAUCUGUUUUUUGUCAACUCGGUAGCUACUUUCUUUGAACUAUAUUAUACUCUCAGACCCUUAUCCUGCCUAGAAAUGAAUAAACAAUAAAUAGCUUUAUUCUGUA